CAGCAAGACAUCAUGGCUUUUACUGUUCUCUCAGACAACAACGUCAACCACAUCCUCGACAACUUGUCGUCUUCGGAUGUCGUUGACCUUGCCAAUGCACUCGAACGGGCUCUCAUUCAGUACUCCUGCAACAAUGAGCAGCAGUAUCAGCCCCAUCGCGCCGUCGUCAGCCGAGAUGAUCAGGUCAGCCUGUUCAUGCCUGGAACCACCGACCAGCUUCUGGGUGUCAAGAUUGUCGGCAUCACCCCAACCGAGAAACUCAAGCCUUCAGAACCCGGCCUGAAGAGUGUUCUUACGCUGUGCGAUGCUAGAGGUCAGGCUAUCGGCACCUUGAACGCUGCCGCUCUCACUGCUUUCCGCACGGCUCUGGGCUCCAUGCUGCCUUAUCGAUUCCGUAAAAACACCGAGAACAUUGUGGUCUUUGGUGCAGGAAAGCAGGCCCUCUGGCAUAUCCGAUUGGCCCUCCUUCUCAAGGAAAAGGACAUCAAGAGCGUCACCAUUGUCAACCGUUCAGCCCAGAGAACACAAGAGCUGAUUGAGUCGCUCAAGUCUAACCAGAACUCCCCAUGGCCUUCUCACAUCGACCUCAAGGCCUUUGAUCCCCAGGGAGACCGUGACGCAGCCUUGGAGUCAUUGGUGGUCGAUGCCGAUGUCCUCUUCUUUACAACACCCAGCACACAGCCCCUGUUCCCCGCCAAGUACCUCACUUCUGAGAAGGCCCUAAGCAAGACACGAUUCUUUGCGGCCAUCGGCUCUUACCGACUGGACAUGCAAGAAAUCGACCCAGAACUUUUGAAGCAAGUGGUGGAUCCCUCCGGCGUUUUCGCGUCUUCCGGUUACCAAGGAGGUGCUGUUUCUGUCGACAGCCGUGACGGAUGCUUGCAGGAAGCUGGAGAGUUGGUCAAGGCUGAGAUUCCGACAGAGAAGAUGCUCGAGAUUGGCCAGCUCCUUCAGACAAAGAACACUGAGAAGCCAGCCGAUCUGACAAAGUGGCUCGAGACUGGCUUCGUCAUCUACAAGAGUGUGGGAACGGGCGUUAUGGAUUUGGCUAUCGGCCAAGAGCUUCUGCGGCUCGCCAAGGAGCGAAAUGUUGGAUUGACUGCAGAGGAGUUUUAG